AUGCAUCGCCUCGCUACUAUGGUGCCUGUAUGCAUCGCGAUUGCGAUGAUAGGAGCUCUUCAGACUGUGCGUUUUGUUGAGAGAGCACGGUCUCGACAAAGGCAAGUGCUGAACAUUGUAUAUGCAUGGCGUACGAGCACGGAGGAUGUCUGUGCUCAGGUCGAGAAGCACGUAUCAGUGCUCAUGCAUGUACCAGCUCACAUACUUGCGCAGGCUCAAAUGCAAAGUUCAAAGGCUGCAGAAGACGUUGUGCAAAACAUGGGGCGUCUCGUGAUAGGGGUUCUUGAUAUGGUACGUGUUAUGGUACACAUGGUGGUAUCGUCCUACAAGGCACUCGCAAUGUGCGUCCUCCAGCUUGUCGUACAGGGCGUACUGAGCUUGCUUGAUGCAGCCACGCAUGCUAUUAACCUGGCCGUACAUGAUGCAGCACAAGCGCUCCGAACGAUCCUGGACACUGUGCUUCAGACGGCAGACGGCGCCAAAGAUCUUUUGAUGGACACCGUCAACGGUGUUCUAGGCCUAUUUGGACAUGAGAAGAUCGAGACUCAUGCAUGGUCCGAGCCAGCCGCCUUGCGCGUGUUGAAUAACAUUUCCCUGCCGGCGUCACUCAUCGAUCCAUUCAAGCAGUUGCGCUCGUCCUUGCCGACCGUGGAUGAUUUGCGAACAGACGCAGAAGAGGCAUUUAUGCUGUCGAUUUCUCACGCCAAGAAAGAAGUACAUCGAACCUUGACUCAAUUCCACAUGCCGCCACCUGUGAGUCUGCCACCAGCGCCAAUGCCCGUUUGUCAGAUCGACUGGACACCACUCGAGCACGCCACGCGCGUGUGGACACACACGUCUCAUAGCAUCCAGGCAUUGGUCAUGUGCAUAAUGGCAGGUGUAACGCUUGCCCUCUUCACAUUGGUGUGGGCCUCAACUUUACCGAAACACGUUGACAGCGAGGCGGCAUCAUGGCUCCGACGCGCACGACAAUGGCUCGGUUCGCCAUCUUUCCUUCUAGCCAGCGCGUGGCUCCUCCUUCAGCUCAUGCAUGAUCAGGUGACCCUUAUGGCGGUACAAGUAUUGGACCGAGUAUCGUCCCAAGCGCUGCAAGAUAUAUUGUCGCCGAUGGCCGACAGUGCGCAUCAGAUACACACACAUGUGGCAUCCACCAUGCAGCAUACGGCGCGUCACAUCCAGACACUUUGGCAGACAACAGAGCAACAAGUCAAUCGCGACAUGCUUGGAUGGGUCAAUGAGAGUGCUCCGCAGGCACAUGCUGUGCUCAAUGGUAUCUGGGAUCUCGUAUCAGGCACAGUCCAUGAUGUAUUGGGUCAUACGCCGCUGCACGAUCCUGUCCAGCAGUUUGCCGGAUGCGUUAUCGGGAACAAAGUCAACGCCACCGAUCACAUACUUUCCUGGCUGCAAACACAUGCAUACAUCACGCUGCCACCCGUGAUAUUUAACACGGCAUGGCCCGACGUGGAUAGGUGGAUAAAAAGUGCAUGGGAACACAAAAUACCUGUCUCACCUUUGGAGCAAGUUCAUACGAUGCUCGCUGAAGAGCGCAAAGAGAUCGAGCACGACAGAUGGGUGGUGCUGCUCAUUGGUGUAGGGGGUGCACUGAGUCUUGGUAUAUGUGCAGUCAUCAGCGCAUGGAUCUAG